AUGUCCGUUAGUCGUGUCUUUCCGGAGUCGCAUCUCAAAGACUCGUCUGCCGCUCAAUAUGUUCCUCUAUCUAUACUGGACUCAACCGUCGGCAAUUUCGCUCCCACCUGCGCCACCUGGAUAUACGAUCCACCAAACGCCAAGCACACACUAUCAACACAACAACUCCUGCUUGCCUUACAGAGAACCCUCAAUGCAUAUCCUCAUUGGGCCGGUCAGCUACAGCUAGUACAUUAUAAUGCGACUGGAGAUCAUACCCAGCGUUUCGGGCGUUUGAGCGUCUUGUACGGUAUUCAAUCGGAUCCUGGCGUCGAGGUAAUUAUCGCACAUCGUCCGGAAACCAUAUCAUCUUUCGUACCCACUGCGACGCAGCGUACAGCGGAUCCUGGAUGGUGGAACGCUGCACAAGCGCCUUUGCUGGAACUGGUUCCGGCUUCUUCGCCACUGGCGCUGCACGAUCUAAUUCACUACGAAGGUCUUCCGGCAAUGAUGGUUCAGUUCACAACCUUCGGAUGCGGUGGGUUAGCCACCUCAAUUAAACUCGCGCAUCCACUGGCAGACGCACAGACACUAAUAAAUUUCGUACAUGACUGGGCAGCUGUCAACCGCGCUUUGAUUACCGGCGAACAGUUGCCUUCAUUAUGUCCACUUUUCGAUCCUGGCCGACUUGAUCGAGCUGCAUCAGGCAACAUUGAUGCGCCAGAGCCAGAUCCGAGAUUGAUUAAAGUUGCUCGUGAUCUUCCUCUGCACUAUUACGACUUGUGGGCUUCAUCUGAUGACUGUCCUCCGUCUAUGGCACAGGCCACCAAGAUUCCAGCUGGACUGAAUACUAGUACUAUAAUACAGGGCAAUCCCUUACCUUGGUUAGAGUGGGAUCACAGCGCACCCGUAUCUCAUUAUCUCGUGAGCUUUACUGCGGAUGAACUGAAGUCUAUGUGGGAGGAAGCUUCAUCGGACUCAGAAGUGCCAAUUAGUCGACUAGAUGCUCUUUUAGCACAUGUAUGGAUACUUAUUAUUCGAGCUCGAGGACUAUCGCAUGAUCAACAACCAAUCUACCUUGACGUAACACUUGGAGUCAGAUCUCGACUUUCCUCACCUCUACCCGAAACUUUUGUCGGUUCACCGAUCAUGCUUGCCAAAGUGACAACUACUGGCGUACAGUCCAUCGGAAAAAUAGCUCUAUCCAUCCGCUCCACCCUCUCAAAAUUCAAUUCAUCCAGCAUAGCCGCAAUGUUACAUGAUUUUGCUUUUGAAAUCAGCCCUCAUAGGUUAUGGAAUGCCUUUCUUGGUCGUCGGAAUACUAUUGUCACUUCAUGGCUGCGUUUGAAUGCUUAUGGAGUGGAUUUUGGGACAGGCGAACCUAGAUUUGUGGAUGCCUUUAUGCCUAAUGUGGAUGGCUGUGUGCAACUCAUGGAGAAUGGAAAUGUAGGAGAUACGAAGAAGAGCAAUUGGUAUGAUGGAACCGUGAACGUAUCUUUGCAUCUUAGAACGGAUGUGAUGGAGAAGUUGCUUGAUGAUCCGGAGCUUAGAAAGUAUAGAAAUAAUAUCAAAACGUAUUGA